AUGGUUCAGAACGGCCAAAUCACCUUCUACACUCACGUUUAUUCUCCCUACUGCCACCGGGUGCAUAUCGCCCUGGAACAAGCCAAGGCCAAUUACACGUCUGUCAACAUCAACCUGAUGGACAAGCCAGAGUGGUACGACAAGAAGAUUAACACCGUUACAGGCAAGAUCCCGGCGCUCACGUACGGCGGCCCCAAACACCCUCCCGGUGAGCCCUCCCCAGAGGCGGCCGUGCUCGUCGAGUCCGGCGCCAUCCUCGAGUUCCUCCACGAGACAUUCCCCGAGGCGCUCCUCCUCCCGUCCGACCCGAUCCGCCGCGCCAACGCGCGCAUCUUCGUCUCCAUCGUCGACAACAAGCUCAUGGACGUCUUCCGCGCGUACUUCGUGGAUGGCGCCCCCGCGAGCACCCUCCUCGCGGGCUUCGAGGCGCUGCAGGUGCGCCUCCCGCCGGUCGGUGCCGAUCGGAAGGGUGGGUUCGCGGUGGGGGAAUGGAGCAUCGGGGACAUCGCUGCUGCACCGUUGUUGGCGCGCAUCGUGAUGCUGCUCGAGCACGACAUCGGGAGGUUCGAGGAGGGGGAUGGGCCGAAGACGUUGGCGCUGCUGAGAGGCCCGAAGUAUGCGAGGAUCAUGAAGUACUUGGAGGACGCGAAAAGGUGGCCGAGCUUUGUGGCCACUUGGGACGAGCCGACUGUGCUGGCCAUUUGGCAGAGCAACCCGUUCUUCCAGCGUAGCUAG